GCGUCCGAUCGAGAUGCUCGUCAUCAGACGCCUCUGCCGACACGUGUGUCGAAGGCAUGCGACAGGUGCAAACGAAACAAAUCAAGAUGUGAUGCUUACCGACCGUGCUCGUUGUGCAUCCGUGCCGACGCACAAUGUACGACUACAAGCGCCAGAGCGAGGAAUCACGCGGAUCAAACAAGCACGAGUAGAGACCUGAGCUCACUGAACCCGUCAGCACACAAACGAAGAAGGACGACGGGCUCAGUUGAGGCCCAAGAAUCGCGCUCACAUAACCAUGUAUCGAGUCAUCAGACCUCAGGAGAUGCCGAUGUUCACGAGCAUGGAAAUCCGCACGACCAUGCCGAAGAUGAUGGGGAGGCUGAAAGUACAAUGAGCAUGGCCCGGAAGAUUUACAGUCUGGAUCAGCGGCAGCUUGAUGAGUUCGCAAUCAAUGCUAUACCAGGAGCUGAAAUAGGCAACCCUACGCCUGCUGCCCCCUCGCCGGUCGUUGACAAGUUCCCAGUCGGUGCAUAUCUAAUGAAUUCUCUGCCACCAUCAGAUGUGGUAUCCGAGUUGCUCGAAGAAUACUUUACGUCAGUACAUUGGUUUUCUCUGGUCAUCUACGAGCCAAAAUUCCGUCAGAGCNNCUAUUCUCUCCGGGAUGGUCUCGCAGAGCCAAGUCAGAAAUCGUUCCUGGUUCUAUUAUCAACAAUGCUAGGUAUGGCAGCUUGGUAUAGAUCACAAAGACCUGGAGCUGAGACCGGAAGAUCAAGUCGAGAGUGGAAACAGCUCAGCUCCGACUUACUGAAAAAUGCCGAUAAUGAGCUCAUCAACAUCAUGUAUCAGAAUUCGAUCCCGGCUAUUCAGACUCUGAUCUUACUCGGCUCAUUUUACUGCUAUCAUGGACGGCCAAACUUGUCGUUCUCCAUGCUUGGUGCAAGUGUGCGCGCUGCUCAAGCAUUAGGCCUGCAUCGUGAACCAUAUCAGGCUUUCUUCGAUGUCUGCGAGGAGAAGAAGAGAGUCUGGUGGACGAUAUAUACUUGGGAUAUGUUCGCUGCUGUUACGUAUGGACGGCCUCUGGGUAUCCACGACGAAGAUUGCACGGUGACAAUGCCCUCUGAGUAUACCGAGAAUAUCCAGUUUCCCGACGCUGCGAACAGUCAAGAAUGUCCUCCUGUUUGCUACUCUAGGUACCAAGGAGAGCUCAAUAAGCUGUACAUGAUUGCGUCCCCAGUCAUAAAGAAGGUCUACGGCACGCGUCUACGGAGAGGCGGUUCCGACGCUGAGAAUGCGCCAUAUCUACGACUCGUGAAAAGCGUCACGAUCAGGCUUUGGGAAUGGAGAAGAGCUUUGCCACACCAAUUGGUAAUCAAUUUGUAUAGCGAUUGCUCGCCUGAGUUGAGUACGACAGAAAGAGCCCAUUCGCUGCAAAGCUUGGCUCUUUCCCUGACAUUCGACAAUCUACUCAUCAUCUUACACAGACCGUUCCUGGCCUGGACCAUUGAUACCCUUACCAAUCGAGGAGGCGCGAACAUGUCAACAAGUACCCCGUCCAACGAUGUUCAAACUUCGAGUCCACAAGAAUGGUGGGAUGCUGCACUUCGUACUGCACGAAUUACUGAGCUGCCACAUUUUGCGCAGCUUGCAACAGAUAGCCAUCUGGUUGCUUUUCUCGCCAUCAAUCUUUUCAAUGCUGCAAUCGUUAUGGUUGUCAUGGCAGUCACGGAUUCGCUCUCAGAUAAAGCGCAAGAAGUCAAGCGCAUCAUUACUCGUAUCCUCCGACUCCAAGAUCUGUUUGGAAGACGCUCAAAGCUGUCAUUGCAGAGUAGCGCUGUUCUCAAGAACGUCGUGCAACUGCUUCUCCGUCGCGAGAACGAGGCCAUCUUUGCGCCUGUGCAGGGCAACACAAAGCCAGCGGAGGUCGGGGAGACGACGCCGUCUUCGACAGUCGGACUCUUGACUGUGCGAGAGACACUCAAUCUUCCUCUGGGCUUGUCACAGGAUUUCGAUUCUCAGCAAAAUGCUGGAAACUCCAGAAGCGCUCUAACAGACUCAUCAUUCGAUCAAAUUUUCUCAAGUAGCUCAUCUGGUACGCCUGCAGUGCCGCAAGGUACACAAAACAUGAUAGACCACUCUACUUCAAACCAUGGCGCUGAUCAGUCUUCUUCUGCUGAGUAUUGGUCAAAUCGUAGUGAGACUCAGGAUAUGAUGAACUUUCUGGACCCGACGCCCAAUCUGGCAGACAACAAUGAUCUAUAUUGGUUCUGGGACACUAUGUGGGAUGGAGCAGCUCAGGGA